CCUGGACCCGGCAGGGGCUGCCCCCGCCAGGCAGCUGCUCUCAGAAAGGUCACACAGCUGCUCCUGCUCCACGCAAAGCCAGGUGACGCCCUCCCAGCCACCCGCCUACAGCUCUGCCACAGGCUUCGGGAAGCGUGUGCUGGGAGGGAGCCCCCAGGAGACGAGGUGAGUGCCAGCCCCAGCGAGAGCCCGGGCGGGGCUGGCCAGGAUGGCGGAGAACGGGCUGCGGGACAAGGUGCUGAGCCUGGACUCCAUGAACCCCUGGGUCAAGCGGGUGGAGUACGCGGUGCGGGGCCCCGUCCUGGUCCGCGCGGUGGAGCUGGAGGAGGAGCUGAGGCAGGGUGUGAAGAAGCCUUUCACAGAGGUGAUUAAAGCCAACAUCGGCGAUGCCCAUGAUGGCCAGCGCCCCAUCACCUUCCUGCUGCCAGCCCAGGUGACCCCUGGUCCCUGCCCGCUCUGCGCUGCCCCUGCCCAUCCCUCCCUCUCUCCCCAGACCAUGCUGAAGCUGCUGGUGUCAGGGGAGGGCCAGUCACGGACAGGGGUGAUGAUCCCCAUCCCCCAAUACCCGCUCUACUCAGCUGGCAUCGCUGAACUGAACGCCGUGCAGGUCAACUACUACCUGGACGAGGAGCACUGCUGGGCGCUGGACGUCGGGGAGCUGCGGCGGGCGCUGCGCCAGGCCCGUGGGCACUGCCAGCCCCGCGUGCUCUGCAUCAUCAACCCUGGGAACCCCACUGGCCAAGCCAGAAGCCGGAAAGUCAUCGAGGACGGUCCAUCAAGUUUUGCGGUGGGAAAGGAGCAGCUCUUCCUGAUGCGAGCUGCUGAGGGCGAGAGCUGCUCCCAGCCCCUGCUGUCCUGCCUGGGCCCGAGGCGUUCUCUGGACCAACCCGGGCCCCACCCAGGGGGCUGGCAAUCUUGGGGGCUGCCUCCGCCCGGGAAGGAGUGGGGUGGGGCUGUGGGUCGCAUGGGGUUAUCAGGACACACGUCUACGCCGAGGGCGUCCGAGUUCCGUACUCCUUCAAGGAAAGGUCUUUUGAGAUGGCCCACUACUCACAAGUGGGGAGCUGUAUCCUUCCACCCAUCUCCAUGGCUCAUGGGAAGUGAGUGUGGGCUCCGUGGGGGGUACAUGGAGGUGGUGAACCUGGAUCCGGCGGUGCAGCAGCAGCUCUCCAAGCUGGUGUCGGUGCGGCUGUGCCCACCCGUGCCCGGCCAGGUGCUCCUGGACGUUGUCAUGAACCCGCCGAAGCCUGGCGAGCCCUCGUACCAGAGCUUCAUCCGGGAGAAGCAGGCAGUACUGAGCGACCUGGCCCACAAAGCACAGCUGACCCAGGAGAUCUUCAGCCAGGUGCCCGGGAUCCACUGUAACCCCGUGCAGGGCGCCAUGUACUCCUUCCCCAGGAUCCAGAUCCCAGCCAGGGCUGUGCAGGAGGCCCAGGUGCGGGGCUUUGCCCCAGACAUGUUCUUCUGCCUCCAGCUGCUGGAGGAGACGGGCAUCUGUGUGGUGCCGGGCAGCGGCUUUGGGGAGCGAGAGGGCACCUAUCACUUCAGAAUGACCAUCCUGCCGCACGUGGAGAAGCUCCGGAUCGUGCUGAAGAAACUCAGCCAGUUCUAUGCCAAGUUCAUCCAGGAAUAUUCCUAAUGUGCUGCCCGGGGUGGCCGCCAGCUCUGCCCUUCCUGCCCGUCCAGUGCCCACCAGGGGCAGGGGCUGGGGCCGCUUCUCGCUCUGGCAGUGGGACUGGCAGGAGUCUAUGCCCCCCGAUGGGGAACCCACCUUUGCCAGUCCAGCUGCCCCACUCGCCAAGUGCUCCUGAGGGGUGCCAUGUGCUCUGGGAGUGUAUCCUGCCGCCGACACUCUAUCACCCCCCCGGCCUUUGGGGGUGGGGCAGCUCGGGCACAGACUGCACCAGCACCAGGCAGCUGUGUGCCAGCGAGCUCGCAGCCCCUGUCCCCCCUGCGGCCCAGCUGGCUGGAUUCCACUAGCCCCAUGCAGCCUGCUGGGCACCGCUGGAUGAGGUGGGCCCUGUGGGUGGGUUCCAGCAGCACCCAUUGUGCCAUCUGUGCUGGGCUCCCCCAUGCUCCUUCUCACACCCGUUUCCCGGGCCAGGGCAGGGGGCACCACACUCUGUCUGCCAGACCCUGGCCAGGCUAGGACUCUGGCUCCCCCACCCAGGCUGUAUCACCAGCUCUGCCUGGGCCAGCACAGCCCCUGCCGCCCCAUCAAUGCCAAACUCCAGGAGCCCACCAGCUCCUCCUCACCCACUGUCCUGAAGUGCCUUGUUCCCCCUCCUCCUGUGCUGGCCCUGUGCCCUGCAAGGGGGCAGCCCAGCGGGUCUGUCUGCCCCCUAUGCCAGGCCAGCAGGGCUCCCUGCGCCACCCCAUUCCCCGGGGCUACAGUGGGUCAGACCUAGGCUGGGCACACGGGCCUGCCCAGGUGGAGAGCUGCCCGUGGGUGGCAUGGAAGCUGCAACCCAUGGAGGGACGUGCCCAGUCCAUUUUGGUCUAAGUGUCACUGAUUGAGCCUGUGGGGCUUUGCUCUGCCCCCUCCAGCCCACGCUUGUGUCCUGGGCAGAGAAGUGGCCGGGGGCGGGCACAUGAGGCUGGGUGAUGACUGGCUGGAGAUGGGGCUUCACGGGGGCCCGGCCUGGACCCCCCAGAGCAGCAAUAAACAGUUAAUAAAGGAA